AUGGAGUCUGCCAUUGCCAUACUGGUGUCCCAGUUCAAGAAGUAUGCUGGCAGCGAUGGUUCCUCUGACACACUGAGCAAAGACGAGUUCUGCAGAUUGGUUGCAUCAGAGCUCCCCAACUUUGUUAAGAAUGGUGAUGACCCCACUGUCACUGACCGGCUUAUGAGCUCAUUGGACAAGAAUAAUGAUGGAGAGCUCAACUUCCUCGAGUUCUGGCAGCUGAUUGGGCAUCUUGCAAGCAACCAUGGGGGAUUCAGCCAAUAG